GAGGAGGAGGAGACGGCGACGGGAGCGUUAAAAGGCGGCGGCUGAAUGACAGCGGCUGUUCCCCGCGCCUGUCCCGGCGGAGAGCCAAGCGCCCUCCACCCGCUCUUUCUCCCGGCCAUGGACGGCAGAGAGGAUGCCGAGUGCGGCUGCGAGGCGGCGUUCGCAGAGGCGCGGAGAUGGGUGGAGACAGUUACUGGGAAAAGCUUUGGAACCAAAGAUUUUCGAGCAGCUCUAGAAAAUGGAGUCCUGUUGUGCGACUUGAUUAACAAGAUCAAACCUGGCAUUGUUAGGAAGAUCAAUCGUCUGUCAACUCCAAUAGCUGGCUUGGAUAAUAUAAACGUUUUUCUGAAAGCUUGUGAAAAUAUUGGAUUGAAAGAAGCUCAACUUUUUCAUCCAGGAGACCUUCAGGAUUUGUCCAAUCGAGUUACAGUCAAACCAGAGGAGACCAACAGAAGAGUGAAAAACGUUUUGAUUACAUUAUAUUGGCUGGGGAGAAAAGCACAAAGUAACCCUCACUAUAAUGGUCCAUAUCUCAAUCUUAAAGCAUUUGAGAAAUUAUUAGGGCAAGCACUGACCAAGGCACUUGAAGAGUCCAGCCAGCUAAACAGAAGUGGUAGGGAUAGUGGAUACGGUGAUAUUUGGUACGUGGACCGAGGAGAACCCUUUCCAUCUUCAGCAAGCCAUAAAAGAGACGAUUCUUUUGAUAGCUUGGACUCUCUUGGCUCAAGAUCCUCUACAAGCUUUUCAUCAGACAUAACCUUGAAAGGUGGCAGUGAAGGCUGUGAUAGUGACACAGACUCAGAACUGCCUUUCAAGAUGCGUGACUCCCAUAAAGAUGACAGGUCCUAUAGGAGGAUUUCUGUCAUUGAACCAAAACCUGCUACUGACUUCAAUCGCUUCUUACCUACCAAAAACAAGCAGCCAACAUAUAUGCCAGCACCACUAAGAAAGAAAAGAACAGAGAAGAAUGAGGACAACAGGAGGAGUUGGGCAAGCCCUGUCUACACCGAGUCAGAUGGAACAUUUUCAAGUGGACGUGAAAGGAAUCCCAUAGCUUCCUGCCAAAAUAGCAGAGCAGAAUGUGGGCUUACAAAUCCAGCUUCCCUGCAGAUGAUCUAUGAGUAUGACAGUGGCUCUGAUUCAGAAGAUGAAAGAAGGAUGCCCGACGUGGUUAUGGAUGACUUAGCAAAACGUAGAUUUCUAGUCCAAAAGAGCCCUGUAAGCUCUGCUGCAACUGGACAUCAUUUCGUGUUGCGCAAUGACUCUCCUAAAUCUUGCUCACAAGAAAAUUAUUCGGCUGGUCCGCUAGCUGCAAUGCUUGAACCACUGAGUAACCAGAAGAGACAGAGGCAGUUGGAUACUAAAGUGGAAAACAAACCAGGAGUUAACAUUUCUCCAGAAUUAUCUGGGUAUUUUGAUGAGGAUGAGGAAGAAGAAAUAGUCAUCCCAAACAUUGAAAAAGAUGAUCUCUAUUUUCGCAAGCUAAGUUCUUCAGCAUCAAAUACAGUGGUUCCUUUUGACAAAUUUCUUCCUAAGCUUUGGACUCCACAAGAAGAAUUGCUAUGGAAAAAAAUCAGGAAAUCCUCUUUCAAACCCUGGUAUAAAGAGAUUCAAGGGUUCAGUAUAAAGAAAUCAGAUUCUGAGGAUAUGGAUUUUGCUUACAAACAAAGCUCUGCCAUUGUUGCUAACCAGCCGAGACCAAGUUUUGAGUGGAGUGGCAGUAGCAGAAGGGAUCAAAACUACAAGCCAACUGCUGAAUAUAUGGGAAGCUCACUGUCACAGAUUACAGAAGGAAAAAUCUUGGAGGCUUCUGACCAGCCCAGCCAGUUUUUGUUACUUCAGGCCCUGCAAAAAUACUCUGACUACUUGUCUUCUGAAACGAAGACCAAAAUUGAUCCUACUUCUGGCCCUAGGCUCAUAAAAUGUAGAAAAAAUAUUUCAUUUAUACCAGGAUGUGAUGAUGAAGGAGAGACUGAAAAUGGAUAUCCAUACCCAGAUCUAGAAAACGAUGACUUGUUUGUUCGCAAAACUGGGGCUUCCCAUAUGAAUCAUGUUGUUCUCCAGGACCCCAAGUAUUUCAAAAAAUUCUCUGAGCAGGAGCCUCCUCUAGAGGGUGAAAUAAUUCUGCAACCUCGGGAAGGCCAACCUGUGAUACCAGAUUUGGAAAAAGAUGACAUGAUAUUUCGUAAGAUUCUUUCUCAGAAAAAAGAGGUGCCUUUAUCAGGUGCUCCAGACAAAUACCACCCUGCGCUCUUUCCUGACCCUUGGAGUCUUCCAGAAGAAAUCCGGUCCAAAUUUCUGUGUUUACUUGAAAAAAAUGCAACACCUGAGGAAAGAAAAAGCAGCGGUAGAGUGUUGUCGCCGUCUUCCCACCACAAGAGGGACGAUAUGCUGACACGCAAGAUUGAGUCUUGGAAAGUGGGAAGCAACAUGCAGCCAGUAAACUUUAUCCCAGGUCCAUGCAGUGAAGAAGACUGGAAGAAGUGGGAAGCAAUCAGGGAGGCCAGCAAAGUUAGACACAAGAAACGUCAGAUGGUGGAGAGACUGUUUCAAAAGCUUUCUGAUGAGCAAGGGAGUAAAUCUUUGAAUGAUGUCAGUGCAGAGGAGCAGCAGUCAUUGCGCAAAAUUCGUUAUGAAGAGCUACAAAAGAUAAAAGAACAGCUGCAAGAACAAGAUCUAAAGUGGCAAGAAGAUUUAGCAAAAUGGAAGAAUCGUAGAAAGAGCUUCACUUCAGAAUUGCAAAAGAAAAAGGAAGAAAGAGAAGAAAUAGAAAGGAGAGCCUCUGAAGUUUCUGAUAGGAGUAGCAAGCCACUGAAAGAAAUGCAGCAGGAAAGGGAACAAAAAUAUGAUGGCAGAUGGGCAUAUUCUCUGACUGAUGAUGUGUUUACUGAAGAAAAAGCACCUACCACACGAUCAACAGUGAAAGAUUACUCGUUUGAGGAAGAAACCUCCUACAGCACUAAGGAUAGCAAAAGCCAGUAUGCUGCUCAGAGGAGCAAGGAGAAUCUACCCAAGCCAGAGAUCUCUGCCACACGUGAAGCUCCUGCUGUCUCAAAGAGCCUGGCAGAAGAGCAGACCUUGCCUCUUUUGUCUACACGCUACUCAGUGAAUGCUCAAACUGGGUCAGCUCAGGUUUCAGCUUCUCUCCCUAGAAGUUACCAGAAAACUGACACCUCCAGAUUAACAUCUGUGGUUACACCAAGACCUUUUGGUGUCCACUCCAGAGGAAUCUCCUCACUUCCACGGUCGCUCACGAUGGAUGAUGCUCAGAAAUACAAUGGAGAAGUGGAUAAAGCUAAAGGAACUCAAAAUUUAAGCAGCAGCAUGUUUUCACUACCAGACUCUACAUACUCUCUCUCCACCAGUGUACUCAGAAGGAGAGGUGAGGAGGAAGAAGAGGAAAAAGAAAGUGUUAAGUCAGCACCUACUCCUAGUUUGUCAUUACCUGUAAAAUCACAAGACCAAGAUGCUGGAGAUAGUAUUCUUAAACCAGAAUAUUGUUCUCCUCCUGAUUCUUUUUCACUUGCAUCUUCUGCAGAAAAUGCGAGUCUGUCAGAACACGACGAUUCAAAAUCCUUGGAACAGUACAGUGAAUUGAGAAUCAGUAUGAACCAGAGACCUGGCUACAGUCACAACUUUGGGUUCACAACAAAUUGGACUUCCUCAGGGGCCUUAGUACAGACAGUUGAAGAAGAUAGCCCUGCAGCACUUUGUCAGCUGCAGGUAGAUGAUGAGAUCAUUGCUAUCAACGGCACAAAGGUUUCACAAAUGGACAGUAGUCAGUGGGAAGAAGCCAUCACCAGAGCACUAGAAACUGGAAACCUGGUCAUGGAUGUUAGACGAUAUGGAAAGAAUGACUGGGGCAAAGACCAGCCUUCCCUGCCACAUGUAAGGCAUAAAAUCCUCAAUCUCACCAGUAUGGGUACCAACAUUAUAGGUACAUCCGAUAAUAAAUGGAUUGAUGCAACUUCUGGAGAACGCGUUUCAAGUGUCUCAUCCGUAUCAACAAAAAGAGAAUUCUCCAGCAGUCUCCAAAGUUCUAGUACAGAAACAAAAUUGAUAAACGGCAUGCAAGGAGAUCUUGGAUCUAAUGAACAAAGAGCAUCUGAACCUAUUUCUUUGAAAAACUUAAAAAGGCGGUCACAAUUUUUUGAACAAGGAGGCCCAGAGCCUGCAAUGCCUGAUCUCCCAGUACCAUCCAUUAGUGCUCCAAGUCGUCGGACCGGGGUUUGGGCAUCAAGAAGAAGAACCGAAAACGACAGGACGAAAUGGCAAAAGGAGCAGGAUCGUUUACUGCAGGAGAAGUAUAAACGGGAACAAGAAAAACUGAGGGAAGAAUGGCUACGAGCUAAGCAAGAAGCAGAAAAAGAAAACUCCAAAUAUUUAGAUAGGUAAGAUGGUUGAGAACAAACUGUUAUAACCUCAAACACAAUCUCAGUCUCUACACGAGCUCCAUCUGCCUCCAGCGUUCUGGAGUGCGGCAAGACCUGAAGUACCAGUACUCCUGAGGAGCCAGAAGGAGAUGGAGGAAGUGAGCUGGCAGCACACUUGCUGGCCAAGGAAGAAGAAAGGAGGCUUCAGGAGGAAGAAGCAGCCCUGCGUUUUGAGCGAGAAAGGGAACUCCAAGAACUAGAGCUUGAGAGACCAACGUGUUCAUAUUGUAGGUUUAUCAGUGCAAGAUACUACACAAUACCGAAAACCAGUCUUGGUUACACCGACCAGUGCAAUAUAAGUAAAAGCCCUAUCCAGUCACUUUUCAUCUCGCUAACUUCUGUAGAACACGAACGUUACGAACGCUAUGAAGUAUCUAAAACAACAGAGAAACCGAACCUGGCCAACCUCUUCAUUGACAGGCAUUAUGAACGCUAUGAAUCUUCCAAAACCAUUGAGGAGCGACCUGGUCAGUCAUUUUCUGACAGGAAUAAAUCCAAGUCAACUUCAGAGCUGAAUGAAUUCAAUGCAAACAGAAAUAGUACUCAGAGCAAGCAGUCAGAGAGGUCUUGGAACACAAGUGAGUCACAGAAGGGGACUCAGAAGGAGCACAACCUGUCUGCAGCAGAGUUAGAAAGACAACAAAUUCUUCAGGAAAUGAGGAAGAAAACAUCUCUACACACGGACAGCAGCUGGAUUAGGCAACGCAGUUCCAGUGUGCAUAAGGAGCCAAUCAGUCUGUACAGCAGUAGUAUGAGGAGAGGGGAGUCUUUGGACAAUCUUGAUUCUUCAAGAACAAGCUCAUGGAGGCACCACUCAAGGUUGAACCAGUUUUCCUCCACUUCAUCUCUGUCCUCUAAUCAGGAUCACAGUCGCCCAGUGUCCACUUCAAACCGGGCCUACAUGUGCACUCCUUCUUCUGCCAAAGCACCUCCUGUGACCACCUCUGUGAGAGCCCCACCUGCGUCCCAGGCAGCCCCCCGGGUGCAGUCUCCUGUCUCUGCUUCCCAGCCAGGGUCGCAGAUGCGCAGCAGGUCAGUCAGUGGGAAGAAAAUCUGUUCAUACUGUAAUAACAUUCUGGGCAAAGGAGCAGCCAUGAUCAUUGAGUCUCUUGGUCUUUGUUAUCAUUUACAUUGUUUUAAGUGCGUCGCCUGUGAAUGCGACCUUGGGGGAUCCCGCUCUGGAGCUGAAGUUAGGAUCCGAAACAACAAACUCUUCUGCAACGACUGCUAUCUCAGAUUUAAAACUGGACAACCAACCUCCAUGUGAAGUAAACGUAGAUAUGAAACCACUGUUGCAGAUAGAAGAAGAGGUGAUUGCUGCUGAUGUAGAUCUAUAAAUAUAUAUAUUGUGUGUGUGUGUUUUCCAAAAGUAAGUCUUUUGCUUGUCUAGUCUUCAUAGCAAUGCAUUAUAUUCUUCAUAUAACUGUAUUUUUAUUUAUGAUAAAGUAAUUGCAGUAAGGAAGUAUCUGGGGAAAAUGCUUUCAGUUUUUCAGCUUCAAGUACUGAAAGCACAAGGGAGAAUAAGUAUAUUUUCGGUAAUAACUUCAAAAUAUUUUUGAGGCUUAUAAUCAACUAGUAGACUUUCCAAUGGUAUAUGAAGAGGGUAUUUUGUUUCUAAGCUCUUGAAAUGAGCAUUAGAGAAUACUUAAUAUAAAUAUAUAUUUGCAAUUGCUGUCUUUAUUUUUGACAUAUACUGAAAGUGAAUUCUCUAGGUUAAUAUGAAGCUGCGUUUAAGUGCACACAAAUGUGUUUGCUUUCUGUACGCUGGUUUCUAAAAUUGUGCUUUUUUGAAACUUAAAUACAAAGAAUUACCUGUUUGCUCAGUGGUGAAGGCAUAAUAUUCCAUGGAAUCCAUUUAAGGGGAAAGAAUUCUCUUUUCCAUUUUGAAAAUGUAACUAUCACUUUUUCCCUCCACAAACUAAGUGGAGAAUGGUUGUUGAAUUACAGUAUAUUUGUAAAUAAAAUUUCUGAUAUUGCAUUUA